AUGUGGCAACCCGUUGUCGUCGGUGUCUUUCUUGCGCUCGUCCUUCUUGGCGCGGUCCUCCUCUUGCUCCGCCAGCGAGCGUCCCCCGCACCACCGUCCGUGUGCUAUCAAACUCGGUAUCCCAAGGUCCUGCUCGGUGUGCGGUGCAUGAGCCUCGCCUUUUACAUCACCGUCAUCCUCGCGCAGUUUAUCGAAGCGGGCAUGACCGCCGAGUAUGUCUACUACACGUUCUGGAACUUCAACCUCCAAGCCAUUUACUUUUGCUGGGCAAUCGUCGCGUCGAUCGUCGGGUCAGUCGACAGCCACCGCCGCAACACCCUCUUUGACGUGAUCUUUGCCAACAGCUUUCUCAUUGCGGGCGUCUUCUGGGGUGUGCUCUACUCGCCGAUUUACUCGGUCACGUGGCUGCACAUGUCCCAGCACGGCAUCAAUUCGGUGCUCCUUUUGCUCGAAUUUGGACUCAACGAGUUGCAUAUUCAGCCGCGCAGCCUGGUCUAUGCGUCGUUUCUGCUGCCCGACGUCUUUGGCGCGUUUGCGUGGGUCGUCCACGAAUGCUGGGUUGACGACUGGAUCUACCCGUUUUUGGACGUCACCAAGGACGUCGCACUGCUCUGGUACCUCGGGAUGCUCCUCGGCCACUGCGCCUUCUUUGGUCUUGCGAUGGGACUAUCCAAGCUCAAGGCGCAUUGGCACCGACACGCGCCGCCUGUAACCUCGCCGUGGCUGGACGCACCUCUGAACAAUGAAGAGAAGGACCAACCACUUCGCCUUGUCUGA